CUUCCGGGAAAAUACUAUCAACAUCCGGGGGUCAGCCGUCCAGCUUUUCCGGCCCUGUUUAUUGUUUCUGAACCGUUUAUUGUUUAUUUGGAAACUUCAGGCUCUGGGGCUUAACACUGUGAACUUGCACUAAGCUGGUACAAUGAGCAACAGAAGGAAGCGUACAGCCCCAGUGCGAGUAGACGAAGAAACAAAAAAAAAGCUGAGUUGGAAUAUGUGUAAUGACUUGAAGGAUCUCCAUCCACUUGAUCGAUCAAAUGACUAUAAUAAUCCCUCAGCUAUGAGCUCGGGUCCCCCAGGACACAGAGAGACAACCCUUCUCCAGCCUAGCAGUUUGAAACAGGAUGAGCCAUUUAACAUCUCUGCUGUGACUCAGGUCGAGGAUGGAGAAGGUCAUCUUUUGCCAUUAAGUACCACCACCCAAAUCAGUCUUGCUAUCUCCCCUGGCCACUUGGGUGAAGAGUGGCGAGCACUGCUGGAUGGGUUUACACUCCAACUUCCAACAGGGCAAGCAUUUCCAGAGGAACUGUGGUUUCUCAGCAUAGGCUUGAUGAAGACCAGUGCUGAUGAUCAGCUGCAAGUCUCAAUCAAGAGGAAAUGUGAUGAUUCUGAGAGGGAUGACAACAAAGAAUUCAUAAGCUGUGUAAGAACUUCACUCAAUUUUAAGAUGCUGGAGAACAUAACGUGGCUUCAGAAAAAGAAUGUAAUUGGAUUGUUCCAAAACACAAUUGAAGACCGUCAAACACUGAAGAUUGGUGUAUAUCUUCUUGAGUCUGGUUUGGGAAAACCCGAGUUCCUGAGUGAAGGAAGCCAUAGGAUGAAAAAGACAAAUGCAUUGAUGCAGAAACUCAUGGAAUAUUUUUAUGACUUAACAGUUCCAGAUGUCUCAAGUAUCACAGAAGAAGCCGAUGAAAGGGAGAACAUUGAAGAGCUUUAUGAUUUUGUACGGCAUGCACAUCAGCAAGAAACUCUGUACAUUGAGAAAGUUCAGCACCCUUUGCUUGUCCCAACCCUCAGAUCAUAUCAGUGCCAGGCUGUCAGUUGGAUGCUUCAGAGAGAACAGUGUAGUCCUGGCUCUUCUUCAAGCAAUAAUGCCCUCCAUUUGUUAUGGAAAGAAGUCACCACAAAGGAUGAGAAGAAAAUAUAUUACAAUCCGUACACUGGCUGCAUUAUUCGCGAGCGCCCUCUGCUGAGUGCUGAUUGGCCUGGAGGAAUCCUGGCAGAUGAGAUGGGUCUGGGGAAAACUGUGGAGAUGCUGGCACUCAUUUUGACACACACACGUAAAGAAAUGAAACAGGACACUCUGUCACUCCCAGAGGGGACAUCUGUAAAUUACUACAUACCACCUCCACUACCUGCAGCCUCUCAGAAAACAAGUAGGAAGAAAGCUGAAGUCAAACCAAAGGAAAAGGUGAACUAUCCCAUAAAAACUGAAAGCACUGUGUACCAAGGAGUGAAGAAGCAUGGCUUUAUCCAACCUCAUGCACUAGCAAAACAUGAGAUAGUCAUUACAACCUAUGAUGUGCUCCGAUCCGAGCUAAAUUAUGUCGACAUUCCCCACAGCAAUAGUGAUGAUGGACGCCGGUUACGCAAAGAGAAGCGGUAUAUGGCCAUUCCAAGCCCAUUGGUUGCAGUGGAGUGGUGGAGAAUCUGUCUGGAUGAGGCUCAAAUGGUGGAAUGUGCCACUGCUAAGGCAGCAGAAAUGUGUCUACGGCUAAGUGCCAUCAAUCGUUGGUGUGUCACAGGAACUCCAGUCCAAAGGAGCUUAGAAGACCUGUAUGGAUUAGUUUUAUUUUUGGGUGUGGACCCAUAUUGGGUUAAACACUGGUGGGACCAACUUCUAUACCAACCUUACUGCAGGAAGAAUCCAAUUCCUGUGUACACCCUCAUCGCAAAGAUCAUGUGGAGAACGGCAAAAAAGGAUGUGCUUGAUCAGAUCCAGAUCCCACCUCAGACUGAGGAAGUUCACUGGCUACGAUUUUCACCAGUAGAAAGGCACUUUUACCAUCGGCAGCAUGAGAUUUGUUCCCAAGAUGCACUGCAGAAGUUGAGGAAGAUUUCCGAUUGGAGUACCAAGUUGAGCAGUCUGGACAGGCGGACAGUUAGUUCCAUUCUGUAUCCCUUGCUGAGAUUAAGACAGGCGUGCUGUCAUCCACAGGCUGUACGGGGAGAGUUCCUUCCACUGCAGAAGAGUACCAUGACAAUGGAGGAACUCUUAAAGUCUCUUCAGAAAAAAUGUUGCACAGAAUGUGAAGAGGCUCAUCGGCAGCUAGUGUGCGCUCUUAACGGAUUGGCUGGCAUUCAUAUUAUCAGAGGUGAGUUUGUAACAGCAGUUGAAUAUUACAGAGAGGUUCUGCGUUCAUCCGAAGAGCAUAAAGGCAAACUUCAAACAGACUCUUUACAGCGACUCCACGCUACUCACAACCUUAUUGAGCUCCUGGAGGCAAACCACCCAGGGAUCCCUCCAACUCUUCGUGAUCACAAGCUUCGGGAAGAAGCUGAACAGCUUAGACAGCAUUACAUGAAUAAAUCAGAUUUGGAAGUUUCUGCUGCACGUCAAGCUUUGCCACCUGUUCAGCAAAACAUCCGUGAACUACAGCGCAAGAUUCACCCUGGGGCACCCUGGUGGCUUGGUAUCAUUGAGUGUGUACUGCAGGCUGCUCUGGAUGACGAGCUGGUGACAAGGGUGCGAAAUGAAAUCUCAUGUAACUACAAACAGCAACCUAACAAACUGUCCAUGGCUGAAAAGUUCCACGACUGUAGAGGCCUGCAGUUUUUGCUGACUGUGCAAAUUGAAGAGUUGAAGAAAUCACAGAAGAUGGUACAGGACUCUGUCAAGAAUCUAGAGGGCCCACCAUCACAAGAAGAAAUUCGACUCGCCACAGUGUGUCAUCUUCGCCCUGUCCGAUUUCCCCUGAACAAUUGCCAAUUCUGUAAAGCAGAUGAACUGUUCACAGAAUAUGAAUCCAAGUUGUUCUCGCACAGUGUUAAAGGGCAGAAAGCAAUCUUCGAAGAGAUGAUUGAAGAGGACGAGGGCCUGGUUGAUGAACGUUUGCCAACUACUAGUCGUGGACUGAGGGCUGCAAGUGAGACUGAACGUGCCUUAAAAGCCAUCUUAGCUUUUGGGAAAGCGCACCGAAUUGAUACCUUGCUAAUAGAAGAAGGGAACAUCUUUAUGGAACUGUUUGAGUUAUGGAAAAAAGAAUAUAAGUUGCUCCAUGAAUAUUGGAUGGCACUACGCAAUCGGGUUUCUGCCAUCGAUGAAUUAGCCAUGGCAACUGAACGCUUUCAAGUGCGUCUUCCAGGCGAGCCCAAACCAAACCUUCCUGUACUUCACAUCAUUGAGUCACAUGAGGUGGAACAAAACCGAAUAAAACUCCUAAAUGACAAAGCUGUAGCCACAUCACAAUUACAGAAGAAACUUGGUCAAGUGCUCUACCUCACAAAUUUGGAGAAGUCUCAGGAUCCCUCAACAGGCAGUGUCAAUCCAGAUCCCUGUCCCAUCUGUUCAAGGCAAUUAGGACAGCAGUGGGCUGUACUGACUUGUGGACACUGCUUUUGCAAUGACUGCAUAGCCAUUAUAAUAGAACAGUACAGUAUUGGCGCUCGGCGAAGCGCUAUCAAGUGUGCAAUUUGCAGACAGACCACAGCACACAAAGAAGUCUCUUACGUAUUCACAACUGAGGCUGCAAGCAAAGAAGACGAAUUUCCUGUUAAAGGUAGCCAUUCUACCAAAGUGGAGGCUGUGCUCAGGACAUUGAAGAAAAUCCAGCAAAAGGAGCCUGAAGCUAAGGCCCUGGUCUUCUCUACAUGGCAGGAUGUGUUGGAUAUAAUUGGGAAAGCGUUGUUGGAUAAUAACAUGGAGUUUGUUCAGAUCAAUGGACUUCACAGGUUCCAGGAGAAUCUGUCAGCUUUUAAAUAUGAUUCCAAGAUCAACAUUUUGCUACUGCCUCUCCAUACAGCAUCGAAUGGUUUAAACAUCAUUGAAGCUACCUAUGUACUCUUGGUGGAACCUAUUUUAAACCUUGCUCAUGAGCUACAAGCAAUAGGAAGAGUCCAUCGUAUUGGGCAAACAAAGGCAACAGUUGUUCAUAGGUUUCUAAUUAAAGGAACAAUAGAGGAGAGGAUGCAAAGUAUGCUUAAAAGUACUGAGAAAAGUCACAACAAGUCCAUGAUUGUGCAGUCAGAAGCCUCUGUUCUGACUGUGGGGGACCUAGCAGAUCUCUUCUCCGAGGAAGACAGGACUACAGAUGAAUGAAUGAGGAUUAUCAACUUACACACUGAAGAUUAAUAAUAUACACCCUCAACUUUAUUAUCUGUUAUGGAUUCUGAACAUUGUACAGAAAAGGGCUCGAUCUUCACCUGGACAAUAGUGAAAUAUAAACCAAUUGGAACCAGUAGUCUAAUCAAAUUAAGGCACAAAAAAUUCUGUUUUUUUUUUUUUACUAAUAAGCCCAAAUUGUGGAAUGUUAAAUACAAUAGAGAAUGUCUGGUAAGACGUUCAAUACUGUAUGAAGGACCAAGGUCAGGAUUGAAACAUUGAAACAGAAUGGGAACAAUCGACAAUGAAACAAUUGGCUCAAAGUUUGCUGUAGCAGGAUAUUAAUGGCAUCUGCCAUUAGUUAGGUUCACCCCUACAUCCUUCAGCACAAAACCCUUUUGUCCACUAAAUAGAUAGAAAUGCAGACUGAUAAUGGGACAGUAAAAGAAAUAGGGACCUCUGCUUAAUCAAUCAGCUGUACAAUUGGGAAAUAAACACAGGAAGAAUUGCAGAAGCCAUGUAAGUGAAUUCACCUCUUUAAAUGUCAAAUCAAAAAAGAAAUAUAGGGAAACAUGGAUUAGAUCAAGAGAGAGAAAAGGAGACAAGAAAAAUAAGAAAAUACUUCCAUUUCAAAUAUGCAUUUUAAAUAUUUUCUUCAAAACUGUCAUGCUUGAAGGAAUGAGAUUCCACUGGUAUUGAUUAAUUUUGGGUGACAGAGAAGCAAGUUGGCAGCAAUUACCCCUUAACAUCAUGUUAAGUGAACACUUAUGCUUAAAAUGACAAGACUUAACUUGCUGUGGUGAGUUCAAGGGGCAAAUGGACGUAUCUUUUUAAGAAAAGGAGGGCAAGCUUAAUUCAAGGUGCUAUUGUGAUAGAGGUAAUGGCAGAAUCAAUCACCCUGGACAGUAAAUCUUGAAUGUUUACAUGUUAUUUGCAUCUGUUCCUUGGUUACAAUUAUGCCAUUUAUGCAUUAUUUUCUCAAGUUCUGCCAUAUGAAAUACUCUGGAGGAAUGUCUGCAAUCAAGCUGAACAUAAUAUGAAUGUAAAAUCAACUUUGAUUUUAGAAACAAUCCAUCAAAUGGGGAUAUCCAGAUUAUCUGAUAGAGUCACUGGACUCAAAACAUUAACUCUGCAUUCUUCCUAUAGAUGCUGCCAGACCGGCUGAGUUUUGCCAGCAAUUUCUGUUUCUCUUACAGAUCUCCAGCAUCUGCAAUUCUUUGUUUUAUCUCCAGAUUACCGUUGAAUAAUGAGAUAAUGGAGUUUGGGGAGUGGUGAAAUGGACUUUGGUAGGAGAGUUUUGGUAGUAGAUAACAAAAUUUGUGUAUUGGGGGAAUGGAUUUUGAGGAACACGGGUGAUGAAUCAAUGGACUUUGAAAAUGUUUUGAUAUUAUAGGGUAGAAUAAAUUGAUGGUUCCUUCCAAUCCACACAGUAUCCUGACUGGGAAUUGUAUUGCAGUUCCAUCACUGUUGCUGUGUCAUAGUGCUGGAACUCUGCCGCCCCCCCAGCAGCACUAUGGCUGUACUUGUACUAGAUGAAUUGCAGCAAUUCAAGAAGGCAGCUCACCACCACCUUCUCAAGGGCAACUAGGGAUAGGCAACAAAUGCUGGCCUUGCCAAUGAUACUCACAUCCCAUAAACAAACCUAAAAGAAGACAGUGUCUUGACAGUAGAACAUUUCAGAACUGUACUCAAGCUGUGACCUAGAUUAUGGUCAAGACCUGAAUCAUGGCUUGAAUCCAUGACCUUCUAAUUCUGAGAUAAGAUUGCAGCCAUGUGUACCAAGCUGACACUCAAAUAUUAAAGAGAAUAGACUUUGAUAGGAGAAUUUAGAUAGUGGAGGGCAUGAGUCUUUUUCCCACUGUAUGAGUUGUAUUUCCAUACAAGAUUCAAAUAUAAAAGCUCAAACAGUAAAAUUGUUGGGAGAGAAUUCUUGUUGAGAAAAAAGGACAAUAAUUUUAUUUGACUGUCCAUAAUUGAGCUGCCGUCUCAGUAGCAAUAAAUAAUAUCGCUAGAAGAUUUCAUGCUAUUAAUCAGGCAGCGCCACUUGUAAUAUGUUUACCUGAAUGGGGCUGUGUUAUUCUUUCUUCCUUGUUUAGGAGAUUGGAGAUGUAAAAUAAUUACUUUAACUGUUAAUACAUUAUUUAUUACACAGUUUGGGAGAAAUUCCUCUUGAUAAUUUUAACAAAUGUCUUCCUGUGGCUUGUCAAUGAGAUUUCCUAUUUUGUACUCUCUAUUGCUUUUGCUAAGUUAUCAGUGGAAACUGUUUCAUUCCUCAUUGCAAAGACAUUAUUCAUUGCAAAGACCACAUGUUGCUUAAUAUAAUUGUUUCAAAAUUUGAAUAAAAUGUUUCUGUAUGA